AUGGACUCGGUCCAUGAUGCCAUUCUCGAUGUUGAGGGUAGGCUGGACUUGGGAGAUGCGUAUGAUAACGCGUUUGGCAUACAGACAAAGGCGCUGCCUCAGCGAUACCGUCUUAUUCACCGCGAGCAACCUGUUUACUCAAUGGAGGAUGAACCGUGGUCCGGGGGAAAACCUUUCAUGAUGAAGUUUCGAGACAAGUCAGGGCUUUUGAAAGAUCGGAACCUCAUCGAGUUGGUCCAGUACAUUAUGCAAACUCGAUUACGUGUUGCAAACCGCAUUGUUCAGGACGAAUGGGAGAUUGACGGCAAGCAAUUGAUCCGGGCAUUGCACGCAAGGGAUCAACCAGGCAAGAACAUCUCGAGCUUUGAAGACCAGAUGCAGCGUCUACCCAUGGCGCCAACAAAAAUGAACAAGGAACUUGUCCGAACUCAUCUUCAACUCUUGAGUCGAUUCAAAGCCUCGCUGGAUGGGAGUCCGCGGCCAAAGAAUCGUUUCAUGAAGCACUGGAUUCCAUAUUCGAUCCAGGAUCGGCUUGUUCUGCAUAUAGUUCUUUGUACCACGGCAAGUUUCCUCCACGAGACUGGUCGAUUACCAAAAGUUCUUCUCCACAUUCACAGGGCCACAACGGCGCAGAUGCUCAAUGAGUACAUUAGCUCUCCAACAUUGUGCACGAGCGACUCGGCCAUGCUUGCAGUCAUGCAACUGAUCCUGACGUCGUGGUACUGGAGCAGCACUGAAGAAUUGCAUGCUCACAUGACGGGUUUCAAAAAGAUGAUCCAACUUCGGGGAGGUUGUCAGAACCUCGGCAUGGAAGGCUUUACUAGCAAAAUUGCACUGCUCAAUGAUGCUGUGAUUGCUCUAUGUCACGAUACCGAACCUGUCAUGUUUGGCCAACCUGGAUUCGAAUUCGAUGACCCUUUUCGAGUGCCACUGCAAGUAAAUUUCAACUCACCGUUUCUCUUUAAUUGUCCGCCAUUCCUAAUUCCAUCGUCUUCGCUUCGACUGCACGUAACCACCGCGGAAAUUCUGGACGGCAUGCGGCAGCUGCUGCAGGCAAUUAUCGAGCUACCGGAUGAUGCAGGUGAUGCACAGCUGAGCACGAUUCACCUUAUGGCAGCAUCAAUGGUUGCUUACCUGGGGCAGCUGCCCGAUCAAGUCGUCUUAGAGUCUGAUGGUGGUCGUGAUCUUGCAUCUGACAUGUCCCCAGGCCAAAAGCGAAAGCGAGAGGAGUUUGACGAUCCAGCGACGUCAUCAAGGAGGUUGUCUGUCGCAGAUUCUGUUGGGGGCAGGUCGUCUGAUGAUCCGCCUGAUAUGGUGUAUCUUUGUGUUCGACUGACGGCUCUGAUCUGGGCUAGGGCUAUUUUGGAAAGGGUUCCUACUCGGGAGGUGUGUAGUGAAACGGAAUUCAUUCGUAUUUGGAGCUUUGCAUGGGCGGCUGGGCUGGAUAGGUGGUCAUCGUUGAGCGGCAUCUAUGCAUGGAUGAACAUUGCGAUUGCGCCGCUGUGCCACGCCACGAUCCAUGCGAGAAUGGUCAAGACAUUGACAGUAACGACGUUUACGUACAUGGGCACUGAGAACUGGCAUGUUGCCGCUGACAUUGCGUCUGCGGCAUUGAAGGUGCAGGCUUGGCUGCGAAAGGGCAGGGAAACCAAACCCACUGGAGCAGUGAGCGGCGCUUUUGGAGGUGAAAAGGCCAUUGAAGAUUUUGGAUUUGCAUUCAAAGAAAAUAUGCCGGAUUUGCCGGACCAUCGAUAUGAGAACCAGGCUGGGGAAGCGGAGAUUGAGGAUUAA